CUCCCGCUCUCCAUCCCUCCCAUUCGAUCUCCAUCACCGUCCCCUCAAGGCCGAGCAAUGGCGGCCACCAUGCCCACUUCCUCCGCCUACCUCCCCUCCGCCCACUCAUCCACGGUCCCUCGUACUCCAUUCCUCGGCGCCACCCUCGCCAAAUCCUCUUUCCGACCUCUCCCCAUGCCUGCAAAGCCCAAUCUCCGAAUCCGCUGUCAAAGAGUCCAGGUUCCCAGAGACCAGCGCUUCAUGUUCGAGGAGUCCGAGAUCAAUGGCCCCGAUAUUUGGAACAAGACCUGGUAUCCCAAGGCGGCAGAUCAUAUAACGUCGGAGAAAACGUGGUAUAUAGUCGAUGCUACGGAUAAGAUUCUUGGGAGAUUAGCCUCCACCAUUGCUAUCCAUAUAAGGGGGAAGAACCUUGCGACUUAUACUCCGAGUGUGGACAUGGGUGCGUUUGUUAUUGUGGUGAAUGCUGAGAAGGUUGCGGUUUCGGGAAAGAAGAGGACUCAAAAGCUUUACAGGAGGCAUUCUGGUAGGCCUGGUGGUAUGAAGAUCGAAACUUUUGAUCAGCUUCAGGUGAGAAUUCCAGAGAGAAUCGUCGAGCAUGCUGUUCGUGGUAUGCUUCCUAAAGGAAGGCUCGGAAGAGAGUUAUUCACCCAUCUCAAAGUAUACAAAGGACCAGAACACCCACAUGAAGCCCAAAAGCCAAUCCCCUUACCAAUAAGGGACAAGAGAAUUCAAGCACAGAAGUAGACCUGAUGAAACCUUGCUGGAGAUGAGCAUUGCCUCCUUGAUGUGCUAUCGAUGUUUUGAUUUUUCAUAACCUCUGAAGAAAAUACCGGAAAACUCUUUGCUCAGCUGCUGCUGCUGCUGCUUCUUUGUGAUCUGUAAAAAUACCUCAGCUGAUCAUUCUUGCUCUUUCUCUGUGAGUCUUGUCUUAUGUUGUAGUUUAUUUUUUUCUGUUAUUUUGUAAGAGUGACACACACAUUGGGUUCAAAUUAUCUUUGAGAAGUAGUGAUUGUAUGCAGAAUUUAAUGCCAAUUGCAUGUUAUAAGUA